GAUUCCUCUGAACUUCUUGCUCCAGGCUAGGACUUUCCUUGGGACAACGAUGGCUCUAGCUGGGCCUCUGAGCAGCCAGAUAUUCCUUCCAGCCUCUCUAUUCCCUGGCAAGUUUCCUCGGUCACAUCCCCCAUCCAAGAUGGCGGACCAAGCUGGCACUCCUGCAGAGACUAAGGCGUUGUGUCUGGCCAGCCAGGAAUCUCAUCGGCAGAUGUUCCGCCAGAGCAUUGUCCCGCAUGGAGAAACUCCUCUGGGGACGCUGUCCCGCCUGAGCGAUGCUGCUCAUCGAUGGCUGCGCCCUCAAGAACGCACCAAGGAGCAGAUUGUGGAUAUGAUCGUCCUGGAACAAUUCUUGUCUCUACUUCCAGAGGAGAUGCAAGUUUGCCUGAGAGCUAGAGGGCCAGACAGCAGCAGCAGCAAAGAGAUUGCUCGCAUGGUGGAGGCUGCCCUGCAACAGCGAGAACCAGCUGAAGUCGUCGUCGAGCUGCCAGUGAACUUUGAGGAGCCGUCGGCAUCCCUUUCUGAAAGUGAGCAGACUUCAGUGAACCCCAGGCAAAAGACCCUUUACUGGAAAGUCAUGGAGGAGAGUGACGAGAGCGGGUCAUCAUCAAUGGUGCUUCAGCUGUCAGACAGCAACACAUCACAAACAAAAGCUGCCAGUCUUAAGAAGUCUGAAACAGGGAUCCUAGCAUCCAUACAGCCUGAAUCCACACAUCCAGUCUCAACUUGCACUGUUACCAAUCCAGAUAUCAUUAUGGUGGAAAUAAAUUCAGAAAGCAAGUUUUGGCAGGAUAAUCCUAAAGACGAAGGGAAUGAGAUUCCUUCCUGGCCUAUUAAGGAAGAAGAAGAUAAUGUGAGCUGGCCACAACAAAGCGAUCAGCAAGGAAGGCACCCAUGGAAGGAAGAGGAAAACGCAUUUCAUUUUGGAAGCAAUUUGGAAGAAAACCACGAUCCACAGAUCCACUUACAAACCGAACAAGAAGUGGUUGACUACACUUCUACUUGGCCUGGGAAAACAUACACAAGCACAUCAGGGUAUGAGAAAAGGCACCCCGGAGGAAAAUCGUCCUACAUGUGGCCUGAAUGUGAAAAAUGGCCCCCCUUCAGCUCUGACUUUGUAGGCCACUCAGAGAUCUUCACUGAACUGAAUUCCUCUGAAAACACCUUAAGCAAUAGUUCAGUCCUCUUUAAACAUGUUGCCUCUACCUCAAGAGAAAGAUGCUACGCUUGCAAGGAGUGUGGGGGGAGUUUCGCUUGCAAAUCAACCCUUGAUCGGCAUCGGAUGAGUCACACAGCCAACAGGCCCCACAAAUGCCAUGAGUGCGGCAAGAGCUUCCAAGUCCGGUCAACUCUUGUGCGUCACCAGAGGAUCCACACAGGGGAGAAGCCUUACCAGUGCCCCCAUUGCGGCAAGAGCUUCAGAGUGAAAUCAUCCCUGACCCAACACCAGAGACUUCACACUGGAGAGAAGCCAUUCCAGUGUCCUGAUUGCGGGAAAAGAUUUAAUCAGCGCAUGAAACUCGUCUAUCAUUAUAGAACCCACACAGGCGAGCGACCCUAUCAGUGCUUCGACUGUGGCAAAGGCUUCAUUAGACAUUCAGGUCUUGUUCAACAUAAUGAGAGAGUCCACUCUUAGGGCAAUGGCUAAAAUGUCCUCUGUGUGGAAGAGCUUUCAAGUCUAGGUUCUUUUUGCAUUUUGUGCCUUUUGGCAGAUGUGUCUUUUUGCAUUUUGUAAAUUACUAUGUGGUUUGGAAAAGCUUUGAUUUGAAUGCAUCUGCCCGCUUCUUUUUUAUGGAUCUUUUG